AUGCACAUUUUCCAAAAUCGCCCCCGUCAGAGGACCACCAAAACCCCAUCGCCCAGGGGACAUCCCGAAACAGCUGUGACCACGCCCUUCAGCCUGUCAUUCCUGCGAAUGCCGUUCGGACUCCGAAAGCGCCAACCUUUCCCGCGUUUCAUGGACGAUGUCCCCCGCGGCCUACGGGUUUUCUUUGUCUACUCGCGAUUACCCCCGGCCAGCAGAAACAAGGUUCAUCCCGAAGUGGCACUUCUUCGGGCACCCUCAACCUCCUCCCCUCCACCCCCGGUCGGGACGGGCAAGACUUCGGGACCUCUGAGGCGAUCGAAGCUUUCGGGGCUAGCAGGAGCCUUACCCCCUCGCGCCCCCUCCCCCCCGCAGCAGGGGCAAGUAAAUAUAGCCGUCGACCCUCGGACACCGCCAUGGGGCAUUUUGCAAAAGAUUCGGGGUCGCCUCCCCCGGGAAAGAAGGCCCCUGAUUCGUUCCCCUUUUCACCAUGACAUAAACAAUCCGGGGCCCAACACCAGGCUGGAUCCCCUAUCCGGGUUCAAUCCUGGAAUGCGGAGCACCCCGAUGCUACAGCUUUUGCAGGGCAGCAAAAAGGACCCUUCCCUCCCCGGCUCACCGAGGGAGACCCCCCUUUCAACUAGGCGAGGGCCGCUUCGAGCUGUACACCUCGACGUAGUGGGUCCCCUACCAGCCCCAAAGGGUUCAGCCGUCCCUGACGUUUUGACUUUUUACCAGGGGCCCCGGGGCCACACCUAUCCGACACAACUGCCGCCCCUUCCAAAGCCCUUUAUAAACCCGGGAAAUUCCGCUAGGCCCAGGACUUCAGACCGACGAGGUCCUAUUUCGCCCGGUCUGGAGGCAGCGAUGUCCUCUUGGCUCAAAACGCCCCCGCCCAAGCAUACCAUCCCAGCGCCAAGGAUCUUCGGUGCCCGCAGCAGAGAUGUUGGGAACCCCCUAGCUCCCCUGUAUUUUAGUCACCUCCGGAGAUCGGCCCCGGGAGCAUUCCCCCGGUUCGCGACCGCAGGGCCCCCGUCCGCCUCGUCCUCGGGACCAUCAGGGGCAACGAGACUCUACUUGCCCCCACCCCCCAAAACUGUCACGCUUCAUAAACGCCCACCAAGCCCCCCUCUCCCCACCUAUGGGGGGCCUUUCCGGUCAUCAAGGGGGACGAAAAACCACACCACCGGCGACCACGGGGAGACGACAGUCAGCACGACCGUGCAAGCCUGCGCAUCUCCAGGAGAAAUGCCGAUUUCGAAGUGGUACCUAGGGCAUUCUGGGGAAGACUUGGGACCUUGUUGUUUAUUUCGAGAGUGCCAGGGGUUUCAUAGCCUUGGCAUCUGA